AUGCAUUCUUUGCCUAGAUUGACAAGUUAGAGCAUAAACUGUCAUAUUAACAAUUAAUAAGACUGUUUGAGUGGUAGAAGAUUUCACCUUGGUGAAAAUGUGCUGUAUAACAUUCAUAAGCAAGCUUUAUCGGAAUAUCUAAAGUCUGGAGUAAUUGAUUAGAAGAUAGUACAAUUAAAUUUAUUGAAAAUGAGCAAACUAAAUAGUUAUGAUCUCUCAGUAUUAAAAGAUGUUUAUUCAUAACCCAAUUCAAGUAGACUGGAUUAAUAAUAAGCCAAUAUUAUAUUAUCUAAAAUAAAAACACAAAGGAACCCGAAAAGCAUAAAUUUUAAUCAAAAGAGUUAAAAUGAGUUGAGUUAAGAAGAAAUCGAUUUUAUGUCAAUUGAGGAAUAAUUAAAACAGUGCUUAAGAUCUAAAAUAAACACUUCUAAGGUGUUCAAUGGAACCUACUUAAUAGAUCCAACAAUAAAUGAUCUUAAGAAAAUAAAUUUACACGGAAAGAGAUAGUUACAUCAUCUGUUAUCUAAAGAACCAUAGAAGAAAUUAAAUAAAAAAACUUCAUUACUACAAAGGCAAUCUAGCAUCGUUAAUCCAUUACAAUAUCGUAAACCAUCAAUUCAAAGUAUGGAAGUGGAAGAUGUUACUUAAUAUAUGUCAUCCAAAAUAUUGGAAUCUAAAGCUAACGUUGAACAAUUAGUUGAGCGACUUAAAUAACCAGAAAUAUCUGAAAAAUAAAAGUAUUUUUUUUACCUUGUAUAAAAUUGUGAUUGUAAAGCUCUAAAUUCUCUGAUUUAAGACAAAUCCUUUGAUAAGUCAAUUAUUAAUGAGCCUGAUUAAAAAGGAUUCUGUGCAGUUCAUAUAGCUAUUAAGAAGUAGAAUCCAUAGUUGCUCAAGCUUCUGUUAAAGAAUGGUGCAAGAACAAAUAUAUUAACAAAGAAUGGAAAAUCAUUACAAUAGCUCAGUGAACUUUAUCAAAAUUAAGAAAUUAUAGAAAUCCUUGAAACUUAAAAAUAUUAUAAAUGA